AAGCAGCCAGCCAGCCAGCCAGGGAGCCCUGCCCAUGGCGCAGCGCCUCGCCCCCGCCGCGCCGCCUUGCGCCCUCCAGGCAGCGGCGCUUGGAGGCGGCGCGGAGCGAGUUGCGAGCGAGACGCAGGCAAGGCAAGGCAAGGCGAGGCACGGCUCGCUCAUCGCGGCCAAGCAGGACCGAGCGGGAGCUCCUCGUCUCGUCUCGUCGGCUCCGUCGCUUUCUCGCGGCUCCGUCUCCGGCCGGCUGCGCGGCGCCUCAUCCGCCGACAUGCUGCGGCCGCCGCCGCCGCCCCGAGGCCAGGCUCGCCGGCGAAGGAAGGAGCUGCUCCUGGGCCAGCUGGGCGUCCUGGCCGCGCUGCUGCUGCUCCUGGUGUGCGCCCUGGCGGGCCAACCGGCUGGCCGCGCAGACGCCACCGCCGGUUAUGAUGUUCUGAACUCUGCUUUGGAAAUGAGUGACAAGUGGAUUGGGCGAAGGCUACUGCAGGAAGCUGAGGAGAAUGUUACAGAUAAUCCUGCAGAGACAGAACGUCUCUAUCUGAAAAAUUGCACUGAACCAGCUGUCCAUGAAUUCCCUAAUGACAUCUUCACGAAUGAGGACCGGCGGCAUGGAGCAGUCAUUUUGCACGCCUUCUGUGCUGUCUACAUGUUCUAUGCUUUGGCUAUUGUCUGUGAUGAUUUCUUUGUCCCUUCAUUGGAAAAGAUUUGUGAACGCUUGCACCUCAGUGAAGAUGUGGCCGGGGCAACAUUCAUGGCAGCUGGCAGCUCGGCUCCAGAACUGUUUACAUCUGUUAUAGGUGUGUUUAUCACAAAAGGAGACGUAGGCGUUGGAACCAUUGUUGGCUCUGCUGUAUUCAACAUUCUCUGUAUAAUCGGAGUUUGUGGCCUCUUUGCGGGGCAGAUUGUGGUACUGUCAUCUUGGUGUCUCCUGAGGGAUUCAAUGUAUUAUACCUGCUCUGUUGUUGCACUUAUUUUGUUUAUUUAUGAUGAAAAAGUUUCUUGGUGGGAGUCCUUAAUUCUUGUGCUAAUGUAUGUCAUCUACAUUCUCAUCAUGAAGUUUAAUGCCAAUCUGCAACAUAUCUUUGAAAGGAGGACGAAGAAUGCAACAAAUAUGGUGAAUGGGUUAGCAAACAACACAGAGAUGGAUGACAGCAGCAAUUGUGAUGCUACAGUAGUAUUAUUAAAGAAAGGAAAUUUCCAUCGCAAAGCUUCCGUGAUCAUGGUGGAUGAAUUGUUGUCUGCAUAUCCACACCAACUUUCCUUUUCAGAGGCUGGACUUCGGAUAAUGAUAACUAGUCACUUUCCUCCCAGAACUCGGCUCUCAAUGGCCAGCCGCAUGCUGAUCAAUGAGAGACAAAGACUAAUCAACAGCAGAGUAUACACCAAUGGAGAAUCAGAGGUGGCCAUCAGAGUGCCUGUCAAGCAUACUGUGGAGAAUGGGUCAGGGCCCAGCAAUUCUACAGAGAGAGGUGCAAAUAGAACCAAAAGAGAUGAAGAGGCUGCUGAGGCUGGGAAUGAAACAGAGAAUGCAAAUGAUGAUAAUGAAAACAAUGAGAACGAUGAGGAAGAGGAGGAGGAAGAGGAAGGGAAUGAAGGCCCUUACACUCCCUUUGAUCCACCAUCUGGAGUAGUAGAAGUUGUCAAGUGGUUGUUCACCUGGCCUCUGUCUUUGGUCUUGUACUUCACGGUGCCCAACUGUAAUAAGCCCCGCUGGGAAAAGUUGUUCUUGGUCACUUUUGCUUCCUCCACCCUCUGGAUUGCAGCCUUUUCCUACGUGAUGGUAUGGAUGGUCACAAUCAUUGGUUAUACUUUGGGUAUUCCAGAUGUGAUAAUGGGGAUCACGUUUCUGGCAGCUGGAACCAGCGUACCGGACUGCAUGGCAAGCCUUAUUGUAGCAAGACAAGGAAUGGGUGACAUGGCUGUAUCAAACUCCAUUGGAAGCAAUGUUUUUGACAUUCUAAUUGGCCUGGGCCUUCCAUGGUCUCUACAGACUCUAGCAGUAAAUUAUGGCUCCUAUAUUCGAUUGAACAGCCGAGGACUUAUCUAUUCUGUGGGCUUGCUGCUGGCAUCAGUUUUUGUUACUGUGUUCGGUGUUCACUUGAACAAAUGGAAGCUGGAUAAGAAGCUGGGGUGCGUCUGCCUUUCCCUGUAUGGCGUCUUCUUGUGUUUCUCCAUUAUGACAGAAUUUAAUGUUUUCACUUUUGUGAAUUUGCCUAUGUGCAGAGAUCACUGAUCAUGUGGACGGACUGCUGAGAGGCAAUUUUCUUCUGUACCUGUGCAAUAUGAAACAUGGUCGGCAUCUCUAAGCAGUGCAGGUGCCCCCAUGAAGGCCAUGAAGUACACUUCCUUACUGUUCACUGGGUCCUCUUCCUGUUUUGGUUUAGUCUCUUUCUAAGCCACUCCUUCACGCAUACAGGCACAAACCUGGAAACCUCCUGCAUUGAUGUGAAGAUCUACAAACUCAGAUACCCUGAACAGUGACUUGUAGUCUACGUGAACUAACGUCGACCUGGCACUGAGCCAGAGAAACUGAACUGCUACAGUUUCUUCAUUUUUAACUUAUUUGAAGACUAAUCUAAUUUAUGAACUGAGACUAUAGCUAGGAUACAAAGAAGAGGGUACAUUGUGUUGGGUGCUUUUUGAGGAAAAUAGAAGGAAUCUAUUUUAUUCUGUUUUUCCCUAGACAAGCUCUCUUGCAGCUUCCUUACCUUUCUGAGUGCUCAGAUUCAUAUGGAUGAUCCAGAAGUCGUAAAUGGCGCUCUGGGAGCUGAGUUCCAGGUACUUGUUAAUAGGAAUGGACCUUGUACUUUUUAAAGAAAACAUGGAGAUGGUACAGGAAGUGAUGCAUCACUCAAAGGAAUUUGAGAGGAACCCUAACUGAAUGCACAGUAUAGAGCUGAACAUUGCUACUGUUUUAUUCUUAGUAUCAGAAUUUGAUUGCUAAGUUGUUUGUUGUAUUUCCAAGCAAUAGUUUUAGGUCUACCAACUCUGGAAGGCUAACAAGGUGGAGUCCUGGUUUUUAACUGUCAGUAAUCUGAAAUGCAAGGUCAGAAAAAGCCUGGACUGACCUUUUUGUGAUUUCUCAAUAUUUCUAGUUUCUGUUGCACUUUUAGAUUGAAAAGUGCUUUACAACCCUUACCUUCUUUGUCCAGAUGAGAAUUCUGUGAGGUAAGUCACUCAUAUUCCCAUAAGGAAUUUCUUUCAAAUGGUAGAACUGAGGCUGAGAGACAAUGAUGUGCCAAAAGUCAAUGAGAAGUUCGUGGCUGAGCUAAGGUUUGAACCAAAGUAGUCUGGGUGCACAUCAGAACUCCAGCUACUGGAUUAUCUAGCUGGUCUCAGUGUACUGGAGACUGGGAAGUGGGGAAAGGGUGUGUAAAGUUACCUUAUUAAUUGAGAGGGGAACAUAAGCACAUGGCACACAAUUUUUAAAACGUUAGUUGUAGACACUGGUUUCUGAAAGGCAUAUUUUGCACAAAUUGCUGAUGUUAUCAUUUCCCAUAUCUGCAAAGGAUACACUGGAACUGGGUAGGUUUUUUUCUCUUACAGAUGUGUCUGGCACAAUCCACUGGGAAGUUCACCUGUGCAAGCCCCAUUUCAGGAGCCCUUCCUAGUGAAUUCUGUCUUCUACCUGAUACAAAACUGUUUAGAAUUUUUUCUAUGUCCUCUUUGAGGGGGUGAGGGUGAGAAUGGCACUUCAGAAACUGCAUAUUUAGUAGCUGAGCUGGUUGUGAAAGAUUUGCCAUUCAACUUUGUAUUGACCCUACUGUCUUUAGUGCAAUACUGCACUCUGUUCAUAUUGCAAAUGCGUUGCCCCUUGGUAGAGACACACAUCACCGUAAUAGUUUCAUAGUUUUCCUGCUAGGCCUGUGUUUGAGGUAUGUUUUGUCUAUGUUACCAACAAAGGUCAUUAUUAACAGAGAAACAGCAAUCCUGAAGUGUUGGGGAUAAAAGCAAGUUAAGGAGUAAAAACCUAUCUACCCACUGAUUUUCACUUUUACACUUGAUUAUUUUAAAAUGAAUUUCCUUGGGAAGAUAGUGUGAAAUAAUAUUUUCUAAUUUGCAAUCUCCCUUUAUCCUAGCAAAUUGCUUUCUCUUAUGAUGACACUGAGUCCCUAGUAGUUGUUGAAAUUUUCCUUGUUCCUUGUAGCCUCAUACAUGGCUCAUCAGUGGCCAGCCUGGUAGAAUAAAUGCUAUACUUUGAUAGAGAAUAGAGGAGUUGAUUCAUUUCCCCUCCACCCCCAUCUCUCUCUCUUUGACAAACACACACAUACUUUUUGGUGUUUGCAGUUCUGUGUCAAACAAUUGUUCAAGCUGUACAGUCUUAUACUAGUUUAUGACUAACAUUCUGACAUCUAUCAUGAGAUAAUCCCAUUGCUUUAGACCAGUGGUUUUCCAAUGUCUACCUUAGGUGGUAGUGGUGGGAAUCCACAUUAGCUUAUCUGUUGAUGAACCCCUGAGCAUCUGCCAUGGGAACUAUGUGUGCUGCAGAGGAUUUUGGAUUCUGGGACAUGUUCUAAGAUGCACACUCUCUUCAUAUGAGGAACUAGUCAGGCCUUCAAGAGGCAGUGCUGCCUAGAAUAGACCCAACACUUCCCAGCAGCUGUAAGUUGCAGGGGAACAUCAGUAAUGGAGAUGGAAUUUGUACUCCUGAUAAGCAUCUGAGGAUCCCCAGGAUUCUCUACAGCACAGUUUGAAAAGCUUUGCUUUUGUCAUCUUUGUAAUUCCUUCUCAGUGGUGUUUUAAUUAAAUAAAUAAUAGAGGCCAUUCGGCAUACUUCCUUUAAUCAAGUAUUUUAGCACCCAGAAAUACAUUUACAUUUUUAAUAUAAUUAAUUACACCUUCCUUGAUUGUACAAUAGAUUGUAUUUGGACAACCAGUUCACAUCAGGAUCUACUAAAGCAGGGUCUCUUUCAAGUAUUUGUAGGGCAGCUCCAGUGGAGCCAGUUGGAUUUAUUUCUAUGAAAUAGCCUUUAUCUACCCUGUGGUACAACACAGUAUUAACUGCAUCAAAGGGACCUUUCAUGUUGGAGGGAAUCAAAUACUAUAGGAGCUCUGUAGCAUUGAAUGUCCAUUACCAGCGCAACAGAUGUGCAUUAUGAAAGCCAGUCUGAGCCAAUUUGAUUAAAGUUGGGGAGGAUGCAUAUUGCAUGUCAGGUCCAGGAAAGGACCUUGAGUGACCAUUCCUAAAUUCAGACCUGGAGUGUGUAUGCUCCAGUUCAACAUCUCUGAGGUCAGUUGCAGGAGCUGAAGUUGGAGCCUGAUGUGCAAUAAGGAGAAGGUUCUGCUCUAUAGAUCAGACAAUAGUACUGAAGGCCAGACUCCCUAGUCUUUUAUAUCAGUCCUGGACAAUCCAGAGGCUUCUUACAAUGAGCUAAUUGCAAGGUCUGAGGCUGCAUAACAAUAUUUCCUGUUGGGUCUGAAGAGGAUUCUAAGGCUUGAGUGCAUACAGCCCCAGGUAGCUUUCUAGGUUGAGUCCUACCCUCACCCCAUGACAAUGUGGAAUCCUUGACAGUGUGGAUCCAGCCAGAAUUCAGUGCAUGGUGAAAUGUGUGUGUAUCUGAAUGAGAGAUUGCUUCACCCUGCAUCACUCAGUUUUGAUUCACUUUAUGGUAGUAAAGUCUAUGUAGAUUUGAAUUGCUAGCUGAAGCAUGUUGAUGUAUUCACACAACGCAUGUUCAGCUCUACAGGGAUCCAUUCAACCCACAUUCUGAACAUACCAAUUGGAUGGUGUUAAUUGUUCCUUAUUGCUAGGUUUUAGAAAGACUUGCAUCCCUACUGCAUCUUGACAAUACAGUAUUCAGAACACUAGAUGAAUAUAGGUGACCAACUAUCAAGUGGUAGCUUACUAUGAUGUAUAUGUAACAACUUGAUAACACUGAUUAUGUGUAUUGUACUCCCAAGUGGCGAAGAUAAUUUUAACAUUCUUUCUGCUUCUCCAUAUUGAGCUGAAGUGUGAUAAAAUUCUCAAUACUUGGUAGGAUUGUACAGAUUACCAGCUGGUGGUAGCAUACACAUUAUAGUGAGUUACCACUUGGCAUAUGGUGGAUUGUAUCAUUUAGGGGACAAUCUGGAGACUGUUACUCAUGCAUAAGUCCUGCUCAAAUGAGUGGAUUGUAAAUAAGGCUGAGCCAAAACUAUUAAUACAGUU